UGAAGUGAGCGGAGGUGGUGCGUCCAGGAGAGCCUCUGAAGCGAGAGAUUGAUUGAGAGGUCUGGACUCGGGAACAAGAGGAGGAGGAGGAGAAGCCAAAGAAGAAAGGCGGCGGCGGCGGCGGCGGAGGCGGCUGCUGCUGCGGCGGCGGCGGCGGCGGCGGCGAGGCACAGGGCGGCUGCUUCUCUCCGCGGGGAUCUUUGCUAAGCUGCGCCGAGAUGUCUUCUCCUUCCAAAGCUAAGGAGGUUUUCUCCUCCUCGGACGAAGAGGGCCCCGCGGCUGGGGCCGAGGAUCAGCACAAAGUCAAGGUCUCCAGUUUGCCGUUCAGCGUGGAAGCGCUUAUGUCCGACAAAAAGCCGGCCCGAGAGCCGAGCGGAAGCCUGGAAGGGACUGGCUUGGGUACUUCGAGGAACCUGCUCUUGCCCACUCACGUCUCCAGGGAAGCUCCCAGCCCCGGCGGGCUUACAAAAACCUUCGAGACUUCGUCGGUGAAGUCCGAAAACUCCGAGGAUGGCUCGUCCUGGAUUCCGGAGGCCGGCAGAUACUCCCCUCCCCCAAGACACCUGAGCCCCACAGCCUGUACGCUGAGAAAACACAAGACCAAUCGGAAGCCUCGAACACCUUUCACAACUUCCCAGCUGCUAGCUUUAGAGCGCAAAUUCCGUCAGAAGCAGUAUCUAUCCAUUGCUGAACGGGCUGAAUUCUCAAGUUCCCUCAAUCUUACAGAGACCCAGGUCAAAAUAUGGUUCCAGAACCGGAGGGCCAAGGCAAAAAGACUGCAGGAAGCAGAGCUGGAGAAGUUAAAAAUGGCAGCAAAGCCCAUGUUGCCAUCUGGUUUUAGCCUCCCUUUCCCUAUCAACUCGCCGCUCCAGGCCGCCUCUCUCUAUGGAACAUCAUAUCCCUUUCACAGACCUGUGCUUCCCAUCCCACCUGUAGGACUCUAUGCUACUCCUGUGGGCUACAGCAUGUAUCACUUAUCGUAAGAAGACCGGAAAGGGAUGAUGGAGUGUACUCAGUUAAAAAGUGCUGUACAGAACUAUUGACUGGUCAUUUUUCACCUACUUGUAAUGUGCCUUAUCAAAUAUAUAGGACUUUGAACCCAGAACCUGUAUUCUGCAACUUGGGAACCAACCAAAUGUGAGCUCACCAGCUAGAAUCUGAUCCUGAAUGCAAGGUUGUUGUUUUUUAAUAUACAGACUUUAAGGAAUAUAGUUUAUUUAUAUACUGCACAGGGAAGGGGGAUUACUUUGAUAACUAUUCCCAGGAAAAUGUAUGAUUUAAUUAUCAACCUCCUCAAAGUUCCCAGUAAACCUGUGAAAUAUCAUUCACACACCCACACACCUCGAAAGUGAGUAGCUUUCAGUCCUUUCUUAUGCCUGCUUAUUCAGAAGGAAUUUAUCUCACUUUGUUCAGUAGUACUUAUUUCCCAUAGUGGGGUGUGAAUGCAGGCAUGGAGGUAAAAAUGCACAUGUACUCUUUGACUGACUGAGGAAGCUUAAACAUAUAGAGAAGCUUUACUUAUGAAACCAGAAAUAAAAGCUGAUUUGAGACUGGGUUGGUUUCUGCAUUUCUCUUGGGACUCCUUCACUGUACUCCAGACAGUCCUGGAAACUGAAAUGCAAGGAACUGGAAUACUUCCGAUGCAAAAUGAUGGAUUGGGUGGAUUGUUGAUCUGAUCUGGCAAAGUAGGUUUUCCAUUCCUUUAUAAAAUUCCCUCCUGGAAUAUUUCCUGUAGAAUGGCACCCAUGAAGUGGGAUUCCCCAUUUCAAUCUUGUAAAGGAUUUCUACAGAUGCAAGUUUUGCCAAGUUUUCCUUUGCAGUUUAGUCUUGUUUGUAAGGCAGCGUUCAGAUGGGUACAAGGGUAUGAUGCCACAAGCAGAGGAAAAUCCUAGAAGCCUUUUUUAGAUUUGUCUUGAUCCCGGUUGCCCAUGUCCAUUUAAUUAUCAUUUAAAUCAAGUCGGCAUUUAGCCGACAUUUUGAUAUUGGGAACAAACAGGUUAGAGAUACGAAAAGAGGAUAUACAGUUGUGCAGAUCUGCGGAGGGAUGAUGAAACCAGAAUUGUUUUGUGUUGCAGAGUUGUUUUGUGUUUAUUGCAAUAAUCUUGUGAUUUAACCAUUAUUAGCUUGUAAAAAUGAAUUAUGCUUAAACGAGUCUUGACACCCACCCACAAACCCAGAGGAUGAAACAAAGCGAUGAGAACAAAGUAGUGCCGCCCACUCUAAAGACAGGACAGGUCUCCACUCUUUGAUUUAUUUCAGAGGAGGGCAGGGAGGAAAGAGUUCUGCUUGGCAUAUAUGGUACUAUAUAACCCAAUUGUUUUAAUUGUUUUUAUUAAUACUAUGGCUAAACCUUGUGGUAAAGUGUCGACAGAGGAGGCAGGUUGCUGAAGACCAGAUGUUUCCAAAGUGUGUUUUUCUGCAUGUCCUCAAAGAGUGAGAAGGAAUCUGCCCUGCUACAGUUGUGAAUCUUUUGUCUAUUAGUUCAGUGCUGGCCUUUUACCCACCCAUCCUUAGCCUACGAAAAUCCCUUUGAAAGGGAUGCCUUGUACAAUUUUAUAUAUUUUAUUGAAGAUUUAUUAUUU